AUGAGAUCCAUAGACUUCCCGAAACCUCAUGCUAACCGCCAUGUUGAAACAUCCAAAAUCUCCCGUCUUUUGACUAUGUACGAUGAGUUUCCAAACACCAGACAGAACAUGAUGGCUGACAUUGCAACUGCGCCCAUCAGCGUGUACGCCGUACGGCCGAGGAUUUCAGGAUCUCAGGAUUUCAAAUACAAUUGUGCCCUAAUCAGCAGGGGCUACCCAAGCCAGGAUGCCUUCGCGGCUGGGGACAUAAUCAACAUCGCCUUUCCCUUCGUUGUUGAAGGUUAUCUUUUAACGUCAACCACAUUAUCGACCUCAACUUUUCCUAUGGCGAACAACAACCGGUUGCUCGCCCCAGCUAUAACAAUAGACACACACUACGACAACGCUACAUCCUCCUCAACAGAUCCUAUUAGCCCUUUAAGCCCUACUGCUGCACAGGAACUAUCUCCAGACAGACCGUCAUCAUCUAACGAUGCGAACUCGUUUCUAUUCCCCCGAAGCCCAAACUCCUUCGACGGAGAGACUCUUCGGUCAAGAGCAAACUCAGUCAACUCAAACGUAGACACCCUUCGAUCACGAUCUGGCUCGACAGUUAAACCACUUGGCAGAUCAGAUGGCGCCGACUACGAUGACGUUCCAUUAUCUGAAGCCUUAAAAGCAGACGAGCGCAAUAAGCGGGACUUCGAGGUCGAAAACAACCCGUUCGCAUUUUCGCCUGGCCAGCUGAACAAACUGUUAAACCCGAAGUCAUUAGCUGCCUUCAAAGCUCUGGGUGGACUGAAGGGGCUCGAGAAAGGCUUGAGAACGGAUUUAACAGCUGGUCUAUCGCUUGAUGAGACGCACCUGGAAGGCUCCAUCAGCUUUGAGGAAGCCGUGCAAAGCAGCUCAACAAAACACCAAGACUCUACUGCCUCGACUCCUCAGCCCUCAGUAUCUAGCGGCGGGGCACAGUUUACGGACCGCAUACGAGUCUUUGAUCGCAAUAAGCUACCUGAACGGAAAAGCGACAGUUUUUUGGUACUGUUAUGGAGAGCUUAUAACGAUAAAAUUAUCAUUCUUCUUACUGUUGCUGCCGUUGUUUCGCUAUCGCUUGGCCUCUAUGAAACUUUCAGCGGCGGGAGCAACGUGGACUGGGUUGAAGGAGUUGCAAUUUGCGUGGCUAUUCUUAUUGUCACUAUCGUUACUGCGGUUAAUGACUGGCAGAAGGAAAGACAGUUCGUCAAACUAAACAAGAAGAAAAAUGACCGUGAGGUUAAAGCUAUUCGUUCGGGAAAAUCUAUUAUGAUUUCCAUUUUCGACAUCACCGUAGGUGAUAUUCUUCAUCUUGAACCUGGCGAUGCUAUUCCUGCAGAUGGUAUUUUCCUAUCUGGGCAUGGUGUGAGAUGCGACGAGUCCUCUGCAACUGGAGAGUCAGAUCAGAUGAAGAAGACAGAUGGACACGAAGUUUGGGAUCGAAUCAACAAUGGAACCGCUACGAAGAAGCUGGACCCCUUCAUAAUCUCUGGCAGCAAAGUUCUUGAAGGUGUUGGAACAUACCUUGUUACCAGCGUUGGGCCAAAUUCAUCCUACGGCAAGAUCAUGCUUUCACUUCAGACUUCAAAUGACCCUACACCACUUCAGGUCAAGCUAGGAAACCUUGCCGACUGGAUUGGUGGCCUUGGAAUGGCUGCUGCUGGCACGUUAUUCUUUGCGCUGCUCUUUAGAUUCUUGGCCCAGCUGCCGGAUAAUCACCACUCGCCUGCCAUGAAAGGCAAAGAAUUCUUGGAUAUUCUCAUCGUCGCGGUUACUGUUAUCGUUGUUGCAAUUCCAGAGGGUCUGCCACUCGCCGUCACACUGGCACUUGCAUUCGCCACGAGCCGAAUGGUCAAGGAAAACAAUCUUGUUCGAAUUCUUCGUGCUUGUGAAACUAUGGGAAAUGCCACAGUCAUUUGCUCAGAUAAAACUGGUACAUUAACACAGAACAAAAUGACUGUUGUUACAGGAACCUUCGGAAUGAGGGACACUUUUGAUCGCACCCCUGAAGCUGAGGGCGAGGGUCCAUCUGCUGUUACUCAGAUGUUCAACGAAGCCUCUACUGCUGCUCGGGAUCUAGUGAUGAAAAGCAUUGCUCUUAACUCUACCGCCUUCGAAGGAGAGGAGAACGGAGAGAAAACAUUCAUUGGAAGCAAAACCGAAGUGGCUAUGCUGCACCUUGCUCAAAGAUACCUUGGAUUGAGCUUAACUGAGGAACGUGCCAGUGCCGAAAUCGUCCAGCUUAUUCCCUUUGAUUCCGCUCGCAAGUGCAUGGGAGUUGUUAUUCGUCAGUCAGACGGAACCUUCCGACUACUGGUCAAGGGUGCCGCCGAGAUCAUGCUCUACCAGUCAAGCCGAGUCAUUUCGGGACUCUCUACGUCUCAGCUUGAAUCAAAUGUUCUCUCAUCCAAGGCUAAAUCUGAAAUCCUUGAUAUUAUCAAUUCGUACGCGAAACGUUCCCUGAGAUCCAUCGGCAUGGUUUAUAAGGACUUUGAAUGUUGGCCACCGCAGGGUGCUAAAACUAUGGAAGAGGAUAAGUCAUGUGCUGAAUUUAAUGAUGUUUUCAACAACAUGACUUGGGUUGGUGUUGUUGGUAUUCAGGAUCCCCUUCGAGACGAAGUUCCUGGCGCCAUUCAGAAGUGUAACAAGGCUGGUGUCAGUGUGAAAAUGGUUACAGGUGACAACUUGACCACUGCUGUGGCAAUUGCAACAGAAUGUGGUAUCAAAACUCCUGAUGGUGUUGCAAUGGAAGGGCCCAAGUUCAGGCAGCUUUCUGACGAGGAAAUGGAUCGUGUGCUUCCAAACUUGCAAGUCCUGGCCCGUUCCUCGCCUGAAGAUAAGCGCAUCCUCGUUACCCGCCUUAAACACCUUGGAGAGACUGUGGCAGUGACAGGUGACGGUACCAAUGAUGGUCCUGCACUUAAGGCUGCUGAUGUUGGUUUCUCCAUGGGCAUUGCCGGAACCGAAGUUGCAAAGGAAGCCAGUUCUAUUAUCCUUUUGGAUGAUAAUUUCAAGUCUAUUGUGACUGCUAUCUCCUGGGGAAGAGCUGUAAACGAUGCUGUUGCAAAAUUUUUGCAGUUCCAAAUAACUGUCAACAUCACAGCUGUUGUGCUGACCUUCGUCUCAUCUCUCGCUAAUUCAAAGGGAGAAAGUGUUCUAAAUGCCGUUCAGCUUCUUUGGGUUAACCUUAUCAUGGAUACUUUCGCUGCUCUCGCACUUGCUACUGAUGCUCCUACGGAAAAAAUUCUUGAUCGCAAACCGUCUCCGAAGUCAGCUCCUCUUUUCACCACUACUAUGUGGAAGAUGAUAAUUGGACAAGCCAUCUACCAACUCGUUGUGACGCUCGUGCUCUAUUUUGCUGGAGCCAAAAUUUUUGGAUAUGAUCUCGAGAAUGACCCUAGCGGGCUACUUGCUGGUCAAAUGGACACAAUCGUCUUCAACACCUUCGUUUGGAUGCAAAUCUUUAACGAGUUUAACAACCGUCGUCUUGACAACAAAUUCAAUAUCUUCGAGGGCAUGUUCAAGAACUACUUCUUCUUGGGUAUCAAUGCCAUUAUGAUCGGUGGCCAAAUCAUGAUCAUUUUUGUUGGAGGUGCAGCUAUCGGUGUCAAAGCUCUCACCGGAGUUCAAUGGGCUAUUUGCAUCGGAGCCUCUUUGCCUUGUCUCCUAUGGGCCGUGAUCGUCCGCUGUCUCCCCGACAGACACUUCGAGGUCGUGAUGAACAUUGUCAUUACCAGCUUCAACUUCUUCUGGAAACCCGUGGCAAAGGCUUUCCGUGUCAUCUUCACCCCAAUAACGAAGGCUUUCCGCCGUGUUUUUGUGCACAAAAAAGGUGAAGCUCAGACAGAAGAUCAGCAAGCUGAAGAGUUGAACGAAACGAGGCCACGAGAUGAAGAGACCGGUGACAUUGAAAAACAAGCAGAUACCGCUUCCCCUUUCGUUGCUCCUCCUACCAUCGCCCCUCCGCCAAUAACCCUCACAGCACCCCCCAGUUAA